AUGUGUUUGUAUUAUCUUAGGGACCUCAGCACUAACAACAUCAGUCAUCUUCCAGACUUUGCAUUUCGUCAUCUUCUACACUUAAAAGACCUAAACUUGGGCAGUAAUAGCAUCACAACCCUGUCCCCAAACGUCUUCACAGGUCUUUAUCAUCUCAAAACGUUGUCUCUGCAAGACAACAAACUACAGAAAGUGCCGAUUGAAGCUUUGCGUGAAGUUCCGAGUUUAGAAACUCUACAUAUUAAUGGAAACAAACUCGCACAUAUUCCCAUGGGAAGCCUGUCAAGUUUAAAGAAUUUACAGAAGCUAUGGCUAGAUGAAAAUCUUUUGACAGAAGUUCCAGUAACAGCCCUAGGGGAAUUACCACAGUUGCAGGCCGUGAACCUAGCUGCCAACAACAUUCGAAUAAUUCCGAAUUAUGCUUUCAUAAAUCUCACAAAGCUUGUUAUUUUGGUACUUCAAAGAAACGGUAUUGAGGUAAUUGAGCCAAAAUCCUUCGAAGGUCUGUACUCUCUCAAAGUUUUGGAAAUAAACAGAAAUAGACUAAAGCAGCUUCCUGAAGCCCUACACAGUCUUCCACACCUACAAGAACUGACAUUUGCUGAUAACCAAAUCACCCACAUCUCUGCAAAUGCCUUUCAGAACAACCCACAACUAACACUGUUGGAAAUGGGUCAUAACCCUAUUGUAGAUGUAGGAAGACGAACUUUUACCAACCUCCCGGAUCUAAAAGAGUUGGUUCUCGGAGAAGCUCAACAUCUGAAGGAAUUCCCGGAUCUAACUGGCACAGGUGCAUUGGAACAUCUUCGUUUGGAUAGAGGCUUACUGGAAAAAGUACCUCCCAGAUUUUGCACACAGAUUCCACUGUUGAAAAGCUUGAGUCUUAAAUCCAAUCGACUUUCAAGCCUUCCUGAGGUUGUAAACUGUACGAAACUACGACUCAUAGAUUUGAGCUACAACCGUAUUGAAUACCUGGGAGAAUUUUCAUUCAGAAGUCAGAAGGAUUUAAUCGAUCUCUUUCUUGGUAAUAACUUUAUCGAGCGCAUCUUUCAGAAUACAUUUGUUGGAUUGACAAGUCUUCAAGUAUUAGAUUUGAAGGACAACCGCAUAAUACACAUUGAUUAUGAUGCUUUUGUGCCAGUGGCUGAGCUGCGGGAUUUAAAUCUUGGAAACAACCACUUCCUUAAUCUUCCAACCAAAGGUUUACAAAAUUUACGUCAACUUAAAACUUUCAACAAUCCUAACCUGAAGGACUUUCCUCCUCCCGAUUCAUUCCCUCGGAUCCAUACUUUAGCUCUGUCGUAUUCCUAUCAUUGCUGCGCUUUCUUAAAUAUUCUUCCAAAGUCCACUCCAGUUCCUGCCUCUCUGCAAGAGACUAUAGUGUGGCUUUCCGAGGACGAAGUAGAUAUGAGUAUAUGGAAUAUCAAUAUUACAAACGUUUGGCCGGACUACGCAAACUUUUCGUCUAAAUUUGGCGAAUUUGCUGAUGUUCUGUGGAAAUCAAGAGGUUCUGAUUACAUUGUCCCUGACAACAUAGAUACAUACGCCGAAGAAUACUUUGAAGAUUACAAGUCAGGGUACAAUAAUGAAGAGACUCUGCUUUCUGCCUACCCAGUCAAGUGUAUACCUAAACCAGGUCCCUUUAUGCCUUGCAAGGACCUCUUUGAUUGGUGGACACUACGAUGUGGAGUCUGGAUUGUUUUCCUGCUUGCUAUGUUGGGAAACGGCGUCGUUGUCAUUGUUCUUCUUUUUGGCCGUAGCAAAAUGGAUGUUCCCAGAUUUUUGGUUUGCAACCUGGCAGUAGCAGAUUUUUUCAUGGGCGUUUACCUUGGAAUGCUGGCAGUUGUGGAUGCUUCAACUCUCGGAGAGUUCCGUGUUUUUGCUAUUGCCUGGCAAACAUCGGUAGGCUGCCAAAUAGCUGGUUUUCUGGGAGUUUUGAGCACUGAACUAUCAGUAUACACUUUGUCUGUGAUCACCCUGGAACGGAACUAUGCAAUCACUCAUGCCAUGCACCUGAACAAACGACUUUCUCUUAAACAUGCUGGCUACAUCAUGAUCUGCGGAUGGAUAUUUGCUCUGGCCAUGGCUUUAAUGCCUUUAUUUGGGAUUAGUGAUUACAGAAGAUUUGCUGUCUGUCUUCCUUUUGACACUAAGCUAGCAGCCUCUCUGAGUUAUGUCGUAUUUCUGAUCCUUAUCAACGGUGUGGCUUUUCUUAUCUUGAUGGGCUGUUACUUGAGAAUGUACUGUGCUAUCAGAGGAUCCCAAGCUUGGAAUUCUAAUGAUUCGCGAAUUGCUAAACGAAUGGCUCUUCUCGUCUUUACCGAUUUUAUCUGUUGGGCUCCGAUAGCAUUCUUCUCUCUAACAGCUGUCUCUGGACUGAAUCUCGUCUCCCUGGAAGAAGCUAAGGUGUUUACUGUAUUUGUUCUGCCAUUCAACAGCUGUGCCAAUCCGUUUCUUUACGCUAUUUUCACUAAACAGUUUAAGAAAGACUGUGUGCUGAUUUGUAAGAGAAUAGAGGAAUCACGAGUGACUCGUGGGAUUGGCCGAUACCGUCACAGUUCCAAUUUCUCUAACAGACACACGCCAGCUAACACAAAUUCUGCAGUUGAAAAAAAGAGUGCUGGAAAUGAUCUUCCACCUUGUCGCUGCGCUGUACAUAAGGUCAGUGACGGAACUAGGUUAUUGGGGAGAAGGAACCGGUGGAAAAGGCUGGCUAUGAGAUAUUUUAUGUGUCAGGAUCAUGUGGAUGAAUCGGAGACUAAUGACUACACAUAUGCUAUAGCGCGGAUUCAGAAAAAUAUUCAACGUGGAGCGAAGCGAGCCUCAAGUAUUUCAAGCGAGAACUUCUCUUCUCGUUCAGAUAGUUGGAGACAAACAAAUAUUCCACUACGUUUAUUAGAACGAGGAGGGCGCUCUAACGUUCCCCGAAAGUUUUCACAAGAUUCUAACAUGUCCUGCAGUCGUCAGGAUUCUUCUUCUACCUCUACAUUCCGAAUGUCCCGAUCAAGCGUCAGCAGCGACAGCUCAAAUCCACGACCGAUAUUUCCUGGUUUACGAGAAUGUCCGAGUCCCGUAGAAACAGGUCAGUUAAGCCGGCCUUUGGGAGGUGUUCGUGAAAAAACAGCCAUCAUUGGAGAUCCGCCAUCUCGAGCGAUGCGUAGUAUGGUGAGUGGUCCUCGUCUUUGCCGCCAAGCUGCAGUAGAUGAAACGUGCAGCCAGAAACAAACAGUCAUAGGAUUCGACGCUAGGAGUAUUCAGAAGUCUCCAUCAUUUUCUUCUUUACGACAAGAUGUCUUGUGUCCAAGUUGUUCCAGAAGUCCACCUUUAACCCUCAAGAGUAAGGACCUUGAGGAGAAAUUUAACUUUUUUUACAGCAGGUUAGGAGAAACUAGCCACGAAGAGAGCAGCGACAUUUCUGUUUAUAAAGACGAACAAGUAAUAAUUUCUAGUUUUCAGUCCAUAGGAGAUCAAAAGGUAGACUCGUCGAACACCAAUGACACAUCUGUUCCUGAUUCUUCCACCCAAGAUGAUCAAGACAGUAAUGUCACUGUCCAUCCACAAAUCGCUAUUAACCAGAACUCAACAAACGAAACAAACAAGGAUGAUGAGAGAGAUGAUAUGUGCCAGUGGUUGGAAGAAAACGAAAACUUGCAACAAAGUCAGGGAAUGCUCCUCGUAAACAAUGACAUCGUCCACGAUCCUUCGCGCCUCUAUGUUAGUGCUGAUAACGUAUACAAUCCCAAAUCCCAAAGCAUGACCAGUAUCAGAAUGAACAAUAAGUUGAGUCCCAGCCGGAAAGUUGCAUCUGACAACUCCUUUAAAAGAUUCUCACUCAAAAACCUUCCAGAUUUGCUGAGAUCUCUGUCUAGUCAAAACACAAAGAAAAUCCAAAAACUAAACGUAAGAAGUCAUUACCACCUGAGAGCAAGCCUUGCGGGAAACUUGCGAUGUUCUAAAAGUGAAAUUACAAUACAUCAACAUUUUCCUGACAACUCUACAGAAUGGAAACUGUCAUCUUCAAAAGAACUUGAUCAUUUAGCUCAAAGAUACGACUCCAGCGCUGAUGUAUACGAUAGUUGCAACAAGAUAAAAUGUAAAUCUACCUUGCAAAAGAGUGUAGCUCCAUCGUCAGUUACAAGCUUUACAAGGAGGCCUGAUGCACAAAAGAACACUUCUAGACUAUUCAACGAGGAAUGUCCUCUAGGUGAACCUAAGGGACAAAAUGGAAGCUAGAAUAGCAGAUUGCGCUUCCUAC